AUGGCGCUGUCGGAGGAGCGCCUCGAGGUGUUCCUGAAGCACGAGAUCGAGUACAUGGGAAGGGGGCAGUACAAGCCGAUCACGCUGCCAAAGAUUCUGGCGCACUCGACGCCGAUGGCGUGCGCGAGGCUGAUACACAGGGAGCUGCCCCUGAGGUUUGCGACCAGGAUUAAGCAGAUCGAGAGCUCCUCGGACCAGUGGCGAGACAUCCCCUGCAUGCAGCGUAUACACAAGAUGUUUUCAGAGUCGUUCAGGAAGCUCCGGCUCGUAGAGCUUGAUGAGAACGAUGCCGAGAGUUCUUCGAACGAGUUCAUGGCGGUGGUUCAGGAUAUAUCAUGGCCCGUCACUUGCCAGCGGUGCCAUGGUUCCGGGAAUGCGCGAUCGCCCUGCGGGAGAGGGAGUCUCUGA